AUGCUUUUCAUAAUUAAUAAAAAUUCAAUAUUAAUAUUAUUAUGUACCAACAUUAAAAGUCUGUCAUAUUAGAAUAAAAUUCUACUUCAACGAUAUCCUACUCUAGCUAUUCAAAAGGAAAAAAUAUAGAAAAAAAAAUAGAAUAACAUUAAUAGAAUUAUAUAACUCAAUAUUUAAUACUCUAUCCUUUUUUAUAAAAUAUAGUUGAAGAAUAAGAAAAUAUAAUCAUUACCGAAUAGGAUUAUUAGCAGCUCAUUCGAUAUAUAUUAGACUACUAGCAAUCCUUUAGUAAUGAAGGAAAAAAGUUAUUUAUUGUAGAAAGAGGAGACUAUCAGGACGAUUUACUAUAGUAAGAUUAGGAUCAGCCGAUUGUUUAGAUUUUAAAAAAAAUAAUUGAAAAAAAUGUAUAACGGAUUAAAUACUGUUCAUAUUCUAUAAAAUUGUUGUCUUUCAGGUAUUCAUCUUCUAGAAUCAAUAAACGAAAUUUAAGAAUAAUAUAUUGAUAAACUGGCAAUAGAGGAUGAAAAUUAUAGGAUAACCUUAUUUAAUAUUAUUUCGAAUAAAACUUAAAAGACUUUAUUGUCACAUCAAAAAUUUAGUAGAAUAUUACAAAGUUUUAACAUUUUAAUUGAUCAAAAAGAUAAUUUCGAUUGUUCAGAGUUAUUCAUAGAAAAAAGAUGUAAACCAAAAUUAAUACUCUUAUAAGAUUAGUAUUUUUUACCUAUUCAUUUUAAAAACUAACAAUAAACAAUUAAGGUUACUUCUGAGAUUUAGAAUAUUUAUAAAUAUUUUUUAAAAUAAAAAAUCAUUUAAUUUAAGCCAAAGAUAAUCUUAUUAGGAAUAGAAAUAGAUAACAAUUUUGAAUUUGAAAGCUACUAUCUUAAAAAAAUCAUACAUCAAUUAAAUAAGUUAUCUCAAAAUUCAUUGAUAAUUUUUCCUAUUAAAAUGAGUAAUAUAAAUAAAGAUAAAUAUUUUUAAACCCUAGUUUAAUGUAUGAAUGCUCUAAAUACUUAUAAAUAAGCAAAAAAGAAUCAUAUCUAAGAUAAUGAUAGAGCGAUGAAGUCAAAAAAUUAUCUUCCUUAUAUAGAGCGAAUGAGUCAAACUAGUAGGGAAAAAUAAUAUUAUAAACUUUAACUCUAAAGUUUAAAUUCAAUACAUAAAUUAGAAUAAAUAAAUGAUGAUAAAAGUUAAGAAAGAUUUAAUUUUCCAGUUAUAACCCCAGAAAAUGAAAUAGUGUAUGUGAUUUUAUAAGAUUCGGAGAGGAAGGAGUUUAUUGAAAUUGAUUCUAACACGAAAUACUACGUUUCUUAUAUGCAAGAAUAUGUUGAUAAUAAAUUAACUAUGUCAAUCAUUUAAAAUGAACAGCUUUAUUGGGGUGAAAUUAAUUUGAAUUAGAUCCAGAUCAAAAAUGAAAAUGAAAGUAAAAACAAAAUAUAUUUCCAAAAGAUUGCUGUAUUUUAAAAUAAUCCAAAUUCAUCUUUUCUGUUAGAUUAAUACAAGUUUUAUUAAGUUACUUUAGGUGUGAAUGAAAUUGAUUAAUAUAUUGGAACUGUCAUUAUCUAUAAUUUUGAAAAAAAUUAAAUUAAAGUUGAUUAGUUUUCAGUUCAAAAUGAACAAAGAAUGAAAUGUCAUAUAAAAGGUUUUACUGUUAUAAAACACUCAAAAACAUCAUUUUCAGUUCUAAGUGGAUGUAAAGAUGGAGAUCUAUAUUAAUAAAUUGGAAUCAAAUUAGAUUUGGUCGAAUUCAAUUCCCUUAAACUUUAUUAAUUUUAAAAACAAUAAAGCAGAUUACCUAAAGGCUAUGACAACCCAUUAAUCGUAAAAUUUGAACCAAAUUCAGAUUAAGGACAAAAUUUCAACUAAUUUUUAUAUUUUGAAUCGUAAACAAAAUAUUUUGCUUCUCCUUUUUCACCUUAUAUCUAUAAAAUUUUCUUUAGCGAAUGCAAUUCAAUUUGUUAAAGUCAGCCAUUCUCAGAUAUUAUGAACGCUCAUCUAUUUUAAAAAUAUUCAAAGCUCUUUAGAUCAGAUUAGAUAAACUUAAAAUAUUAGAAUCCCAUGUCAAAUAGGAAGAAAUUUGAUUUGAUAGUUUUUGACAAAACCUUUGAACGCACUAACUUUAAAGAGUUUAAUGAUAAUAAAGAUAUUACUUUGCAGAAAUACUCUUAAUAGAACUAUUUGCAUUUUAAAUUUUAGUACUCUCCAAAUUCUUUAUUAAAGAUAGAUUUAAAAAUGGAUUCGUUCCUUUUACAAAAUAGUAUUGCCGAUUUAAAUAAAAUAUGUCUAUAUAACAAUUGGCUGGAGGAUUAAAAAUUUCAGUAUGUCUUUUUGUAUAAUAGAUUAUAACACAUCUAUUUAUUAUAUUAUUAGAAAGACAAGUCAAGGUAAUAUUCUAAAAGGAAGUUUGUAUUUUAUAAUCAAGAAAAUCCAACAGAUUACAUUCCUUUUGAUGAAGUUAUGAUAAAUGAUUAUUAUAAUAGUAUGAUGUGGGUUGUUAGAAAAUAUUAUGAUAGAAGUGAUCCAUAUCUUGUUGUUUAUAGUUGCCAUUGGAUGAGACUUUAAGAUAUCAAAGACGCAGAUAUAAAUGCCUAAAUAAAAGUAAAGAUGGAUAAACUUUUUGAAAUCAACAUCCAAAGUAAAGUUAUUGAUUUAAUUGGUCUUGAAGUCCAAAAAAGCAAUAAUACACUUUUAAUUUGUGCCUCAACAUUUAUUUGCAAAAUUCAAAUAUCAGAUAUGCUAAACCAUCAAGAAAGCAUCUAAAAUUAGAUCUAAAAGGGAACGUUCUUGUAUGAAAUCUGUUAAGCCGAAUUAAAUAUAUGUCAAGACUCUCCAAUGAUUCUCUUAAAUUUGAAUGAAAAUAAGAUUGCUCUUUUUUAUCAAUAUUGUAUGGUUAAUUGUUUAGAUGAAAAACAAGGGCAAUUUCAAAUAGAAAUAAAAGCUAAGAUAUGGUUUGAAAAAAGUGAGUAUAAACAAAAUGCGGAUAAUUAUCUAAUUUACAAUAGUAGUUAUGACUUUAAGGAUUAAGAUGAUUUAGAACAGACCAAAGAUCAAUCUUUAAUUAAAUUUUCAUUUAAUUAUGAAGCAUCCGAUACUUUAAUUCUAGCAAAAAUUCUUUUAGUAUAAUUAACAGGAUCUUCAUUCGAAUUUUUAAUUUUUUUUGAGCAAGAAUUUGGUUAUUUCUAUGUUGGGUUAUAUCAAUUUUGUCAAAAUAAAAAUUCUAUUGAUUGCAUGAGGAUGAUAAAAUUAUCAAAGGAUACAAUUUAAUUUCUGCAGAGCAUAUCUACAAAUAAAUACGAAACGCUGUUUAUGUAAGAUUAAUUAACUUAUCUAAUACAUUCAGAAAGUACGCUACAAUUAUUUUUUUUUAAAUAUGGAAACAAUUAAAAGUAGGAAGAAUCUAAUUAGAAGUAGUAAGAAUUUAGUUAAAAGUAGGAAGAAUCUAAUUAAAAGUAGCUUCUACUAAAUUGA